AUGGCAACACCAACGCAACUUACCCGGUACAACCCCACCCGUCCUGGUUGGCUGGUUUCUACAGGGAAAGCUCGAACUGAUCUGGUUCUCCAAUCACUCAAUUUAGCUUCCCUUGUUUCUCCUGGAUCGUUGGAAAAGAGAAUCAAUGACCCGAUUUUGAGUGACCCUGUCGCCGAUUUGAUUUCUUCUCUGUUUGUUAAAUUUCGUGCCUUGUUUGGUUUAAUGGAUUGUUGA